AUGUUGUUUAAGAACUUUCUUUUGCUAUUCAUUGCAACAGCAACUACUGUGUUUGCUAGUUAUGAUGUUUCUAGCUCAUUAAUCCAUUAUCAUGAUUUCAAUUUUAAUGUUGGUGAUAUUGCCAUUAGAAAUGGUGCAUCAUUUUCAUUAGUUAAUACUUUUGACUGUCUUUUCAAAGGUGAUCUUACCAUUGAAGAAAAAUCCAAGUUAUACAUCACGUCCACUGGUAGAGCCUUGAUACUCCAUAUUGCUGGUUUAUUCAACAAAGUUAAAAAUGACGGGUUAUUGGUUGUCAACACUUUAGAAUCCCAUGCUGCUGCCAUUUGUAAGAUACUUGGUGCCUCGUUUGUUAACACUGGUGACGCUAUCUUUGCAUUCCAAGGAAGAUUUUUACCACCUAUCAUUGCACUUACUGCUCGACAAUGGCAAAAUUUUGGACGUAUGCAUUUCUUACAAAAGUUUCCUUCUAAAUCUUUAGCCAUGUUGGGACAUUUUGGUGGCACAAUUGAAAACCAUGGUACCCUUUGUUUUACCAAUCAGAUUUUUAAACAGUUAACUACUAUUGAUGGUAGAGGGUGUAUUGCCUUAGAAAAAAGCUCGUCAUUUUUCAUUGAAAAUUCAUUAUUUCCAAUUGAUAGAAGACAGGUGAUAUACAUGGGUGAAGGUAACCCAAGUAUUCAGGCUGUUGUUACAACAUUCCCACAAACAUUCAAGGUUGCCAACUUUGGUGGCAACGGUGCUCAUAAAAUUGGGUUGAACUUACCUUUGAUGUAUUUCCCACAUCAUGAUGAACAUGACUGGUUUUAUGAUGAAGAAACUGGUAUUUUGACUUUGAGAGCUACCGAGUUCCUUUCCCAAAAUUUUGAUAUUGGUCUUGGUUAUGACCCAUCCAAAUUUGAAGUUUGUUCUGAUGAAUCUGUUGGAUUCCUUUGGGUUUUUAAUGGUGCUAUCAAAUAUAAUGGUCCAGCUCCAAAUCCUGGAAGACCAUCCAUCUGUCAAGCUUGUCCAGGAAUUCAUUCUGCUCCAGGUGCUGAACCAUCUACUACAACCAAGUCUAUUAUUACAACCAAAACCGAUGGCGCUGUUUGUACUGAAGUUGAUACUGUUAUUGUUUCUUCUGAUAAAUCUGGAUCCUGGUAUACAACUACUUCUGGCGCUAGUAUCAACUGUGGUACCACAUCUGAAGCUCCUAUUCCAAACCCUCGAGUUACUAUCACUACUACUUGGACGGAAAUCACUACUGCUACCGUCACUGAAACUGGUACCAAAACUGACACUGUGAUUGUUCAAGUUCCAACGACUCCUAAUCCUCAAAUUACUGUUACAAAAACCUGGACUGAAUCUUUUAUCACGGCAAGCACUGUCACUGGUGAUAAGACUGAUACUGUUAUUGUUGAUAUCCCGGAAACCACCACCUCUUGUUUGACGACCACUAAUACUUGGACUGGGGACUACAUAACCACAAUUACAACUUCUGGUUGGAUCAUUGUUGAAGUUCCAACUCAAAAUGUUGUAACUAUUGUUUACACAGACUCUCAAUCUACAUCUGGUAAAACUACAACUACACCUGUAGUUACUGCUGAAACGAGUGCAACUACUGGUAAUGAUAACACUGCUUCGACAACUGAUGCUACUGGUAAGACUUUAACAACUGUCACUUCCAGUAAUGACAACACUACCUCCACYGGUGAUGAUUCUACAACUGCUAGUACCGGUAACGAUAACACUGAUUCCACCACCACUACUGCUACUGUCAAUAAAAAUAUUGAUUCUACAACUAAUGCCACAGAUAAUACUUCUAAGGCAACUACUACUGGUAAUGAUAAUACUGAUUCCAAGACUACUGCUAGUGGUACUGACAGUACUACUACAACAGGUGACAACAACAGUGAAUCCACAACUGCUAGUACCGGUAAUGACGAUAAUGAUUCCACUACUGUAACUACUGGUGAUGAUUAUACAACUGUUACCACUGAUAAUGACAACACUGCUUCUACAAUUGUCACAACGGGUAACAGUAACACAACAACUUUAACCGAUGCUACUGGUAAGGACAGCACUACCACAACUGAUAAUGGUCACGAUGAAUCCACAACUGUUACUACUGGUGAUGACGAUACUGCUACCACUAAGGAUAACAAUACUGCUUCUACAACAACUAAAACUGGUGAUAAUGACACGGCUACAACUGUUAACCAUAGCAUUGAAUCCACAACUGUUACUACUGGUGAUGACAAUACUGCCACCACUGGUAACGAUGAUACUGCUUCUACAACUGAUGCUACUGGUAAUGAUUCUACAACAGCCACAACUGGUAACCAUAGCAUUGAAUCCACACCUGUUACUACUGGUGAUGACAAUACUGCUACCACUGGUAACGAUGACACAGCUUCAACUGUUUCCACUGGAAAUGAUAAUAGUGCUUCUAAAACGGGUGCCACCGACACCGAAAACGAUACUACCAGUACUGGAGAUGAUGACACUGCCACUACUAUCCCUACUGAUGCUCCAACGACUGGUGAUUUUGUCAGCUCUACAGAAACCAAGUACACAAAAUCAAAGAAAACAAAGACUCACAAGACUAAGACAUUUGAAACUGAAUUGACAAAAACAAGCACUUCUUUGGAAGCAUCUGCAUCAUCUCUGGAAUACCCCUUCGAAAGUACUUCAGAUCAGAUUUGUCAAUGUACUCCAGUAACUGUCACUGAAUAUAUUCCUCAAUCACCCAUCCCAAAGGAAGUUGAAUCUACAACUCAAUCUACGAAAAGUUUUGCAUCUGAAUCAAGUUCAUUAGAACCAACCGUGUCUGUGUCUUUAUCCAAAUCUGAAAGUACCACUGAUAUUACAGCUGAAACCAGUCAUGAAUCUACCACUGAGCAAAAAUCAGAAACUUUGGAUCAAUCCACUUCAGUUGUAACACCUGCAACAAAUCAAGAAUCAACUACUGACACUUCUUCAGACAACAAUGUUGAAUCCACYUCAGUUGUAACACCYGCAACAAAUCAAGAAUCAACUACUGACACUUCUUCAGACAACAAUGUUGAAUCUACUACUGCUGGAACACCUGCAACAAAUCAAGAAUCAACYACUGACACUUCUUCARACAACAAUGUUGAAUCCACYUCAGUUGUAACACCUGCAACAAAUCAAGAAUCAACUACUGACACUUCUUCAGAAAAGGAUGUUGAAUCUAGUUCUCAAUUUGCCACUCCAUCUAAUCCAGUACAUACUUCAUUAUCAACCGAGUACUACACUACUGGUGUCACCUCUUACUACACAUCGUAUGUAACUGUUACCGCUGAAACUACAGAAGUUCUCACCUUGACUUCCUGUGUUGAUAAUCAUUGUCAUAAAACAACAGCAACCACUGGUGUCACCGUUGUUACACUCACUACUUCUGAUAUCCAAACAGUCAUUACAACCUAUGCCCCAUUGACUCAAACGGUGACUUUGGGAAUUGCUGGUUCAAAAAUUGUUGAUUUAGGUUGUCCAAUUGGUAACUUUGGUUACAAGGGUUAUGUUGGCAAAGGUAUUAAGGCUGACGAUAAAGGAAUCGACGCCAAUGCUCAUGCUGGUUUCAAGAUUGGUUUUGAUGCAAUCAAACGUGAUCAAAAAGUAGCCAACACCACUAAUGUUACUGUUCAAUCUUCCAAAAACGCUGGUGCCAUUAACUCCGUCUACAGCAGUAUUGAACUCUUGUGUGCCGUUGCAGCUAUCAUGGUUUUAAUUAUUUAG